GUAGCAGUAGGAAGAUCAAAUGGCGACUCAUGUCAGCCCGGAGGCACAGAUGUUCUUCAUCUAUGACCACACCUACCUGCAGAAAGAGGAGGAUGACCUGAAAGAUGCCAUCAUUUAUUUUGCACCAAAUACUGUUGACAUCAAUGAGCAGUGUGCCUUGUGUGGCCAGUUGAUGGGAAUGGUGGGAUUCUUCAAACAUUUUACUGGGACAACACCUAAGUUUUUCAGGCUUCGCACAGAGGUGUUUGUUGUGAAACAUGUUGGGAAAUAUACCUUGGCCAUGGCAGGAGAUCUACAGGAACCAGAGGCUUCACUCAAGAAGAAAUUAGAUAACCUUUACACUUGCUUUGUCUUUUUUAUGGGAAAUUUGGAAUUACUAUUUCAGCUAUGUGAUGGUGAAAGAGACAAAUUUGUCUCCAGCAUGCAGGCAGUGUGGGAUUGUUACUUGCCAUUCUCCAGGUUUUAUGGGGAUGCUGUGUCGGCUGCUUUUGAAUCAUUGCCGGUCAUCGAACUACCAAAGUCUGGAUCUAACUUGUUCGUCAAAGCAUCUAGCUUGCUGCAGGCCAGUCAAAGAAGACCAGGAGUUUUGGCAGGAUGUCUACUCUUUAAGAACAGGGUACUAGUAACACAGCUGUCUCAGGAUCUUACCGCCAGGCUGCUGCUUAUUAAACCGCAACAAAGUCAUCUUCCAUGUCAAAUAUUUGAGCCAGACUUCAGCCUCCCCAAAGGUGUGAGAAUUCUGUCAGUGUACUUGACAGUGGAAGAAUUUUUCAGCGUCACACCGUGGUUGACCAAAGUCGGGCGGCGGCACUAUGCUACCACAGACUUCAGAAAGAUUGCUAGAGAUAUUCGUUAUAGUGCUGGCAUAGAUGUAUUCCGCAGCAGCAGUGCUGGAAGCCAGGGAACUGUAGGCAGUAGCACAGAUACAGGGUCUGACUCCAGCAAGUCGCCCCCUGGAUGUGGAAAUAACAUGUCAGACUCUGUCACGGAGAUAACAUGUACUUUGUGCAAUACGCCUGUGCAAGGUGGGUGUGACUCUGAACACAAUGCUGAUGAGCUCAGAAACAGCGCUGGUAGUGUUCAAAGAAUGGUGCAGCUACAACGAAUGAGGGACACUUCCCCAUCUAUGUCUGAUUAUUCCAGUGUAUUUAACUCCCCACAAAGUGUUUCGUCAGCUUCUUCAAACUGUGAUAUGCAAGGACAAAAAGAGGAAUGCGAACGUCAGCUUGUGGAUGAAGAAAAUUGUAAAGACUCCAAAAGACAAACCUGUAUCAACCUGGUGAAAGAGAGAUUUGAUUUGGCCCAACCAUCCUCUGGUGAUAAGCUGAUACCUUCAGAAGCAGAUGAGAAAGACCAGUCUAGAGUUUCUUUUAUCAGCACUGACUCUGAAGUCAGCUUUGCAGAAGUAACUACAGAACCUUCAGUUGGAAAGACCUUGGAAAGUCACUCAAACAACAACCAAAGAGACACAACAGAUGCCUGUAUUAAAGAUACAACUACAGAACCUUCAGUUGGAAAGAAUUUGGAAAGUCUCUCAAACAACAAUGAAAAAGACACCACAGAUGCCUGUAGUAAAGACUCAACUACAGAGCCUUCAGUUGGAAAGACUUUGGAAAGUCACUCAAACAACAAUCAACAAGACAACACAGAUGACAGUUGUAAAGACUCAACAGAAACAAUAUUAUUUAGCUCUGUGAAGGAAGAGGAGGAAAAAGGAAACAUUGAAGAAUCUGUCCUGCUUCUAGAUACUGUGGAAAAAGUUGAAGCAAAUUUCAACAAUGAAGGAGCACCUGCUCAUACAGAUAGUAGCAGUCUCUGUGGGCAAGAUGGCUCUUCACCACCUCCCAAUUCUGGGGAAGAAACUAUGCAUAAUGUUACUACAGGAAUACUCGCUCAUGAUUGUGGUAUGGUGCUUUCUGAUAAAUUUCAAAUACCACAAAACAAAGGCAGCAUGGUGUGUGAUGAAGGAAAUGUAAAGCAGGGUGAUUCUUCCCAAAAAGACCUGGUAGAAAGAAAUGCAUCUGUUGACAGUUUAAUGUGUGAAGAAAAAUAUGCUUCACAGUAUGCAGAAGAGAUUAAUUUCCUACAUGAUGCUGAAGAUGAAGUCUUAUCACAGAACAACGAAGGCUUAUCCCCUGAAGAAAAAACAGUAUCAUGGGGUGCAGAGCAUAUUUCUCCUUUUAAUAGCCCAGAUAAACAAGUUAUGUUACAUUCCAGUGACAGUUCAUCUUGUGUAGAACAUAGUGGAUCUCAGGAUGAACAAAAUUCAUCACAAAACGGCCCAAAAGAUCCAAGCCCAGCUGGCUGUGAUACUGUGACAUUUGAAACAUCAUCUGAAAAUGAAGUAGCAAUAUUAGACAACAGUAAUGAAGUUGUAUGCUCAGAAAACUCUGUAGAAGAUGAAGAAAAGAAAGAUGGAGUACAAUAUGAUGAAGUUGGUGUUGACGUUUCAGAUUUACAUAUUAGCAGUAAAUCAACAUCAAAUGACUUCAUUCAAAAUCCAGAUGCCUUUAAAAGGGAAAAACAUGAAAUUGAAGGCCAACGCCAUAGCGCAAACAAGGAAGGCAAAGGUUCUGAAUUAACAGCCACAGACAGCCCACAGAUUUCAUUAAAAACCCCUUCAUUUGAAAGACAACCCAGCAGAAACAGUCAAGAUGGUAAAAGAACAUUCCACCGACAAAACAGCAAAAAGAGCUUAGGUGGAACCAAAGAGAGGUCAUCCAUGUUCGAACGUCAGAGUAGCAGGAGAAGUCAAGAUGGCAGCAGCAGGUGCCCUCCUGGUGUUCUGUCAGCCAAUAAAGCAGGAGGUAAAGAGCUCCCUGGUUUGGAAAAUGUGACCUUGUACAUCCAGGGCCACUCUGAUAUGGUGCUGGUGCUGCUCAUGGAUAAGGAAGCAAGGCAGGAUUCAGCAACUAUGCAAGCUUUGUGGAAAUAUGCCCUUCCUCAUUUGGCAGACCUUGAAGUGCAGUUAAAGGGGUGUGUCAAAGAUGCUCCUAGACCAAUUUCUGAUGGCACCUAUAAUUUCCUGAGGUAUGAUUCAUUUCAAAGAAGUCUCAAAGGUACCAUAGUGAACCCAGUGUCAAGCCUUGAGAAUGAAUUUUAUGAUGGCGCUUGCCUUAUGCACGAAGAAUUUCAGAAGUCUGGGACAGUGAGAGAUAUAACCCUGAGGAAUCAAACCUGCUGUAUAUAUGGCCACCAGAAUAUCAAUGAUGAGACAUACUUCCAAAUGCUGAAUGUUCCACGAGGUAUGCAGUGGGGGGUAGACCCCAUGGCUGUUAUAGAGGUCAAGGCCAAGAAAGUUCUUCACCAGGAUCACAACAUAUGCCUCUUGUGAUGUUUUAAAAUUCUGAAAAAAAAUAAUUCUGUGGAGAUUUUACUUCUUUUUUGUAGAAAGUGACAAAUUCUGAUAUUCAUUACCUUGAACCUUUGGCAGUAAUCAAGCCAGUGACUUUUGUGUGAAAUAUUAGUAAAUAUCAGUUUGUGAUUCAGAGAAAGUAACAAACAUGCAGGCAGAAAAAAAUUCAAAAGGAUAUUGAGUGUAAGGAUUAUUUGGCACUAUUAAACUUGUAUACAACGUAAUAUUAUGUAGUAA